UUAUUAAUUAUUAUUUUUAAUCCAGAGUAAAGCAAAGCAGCUCUAAAGAACAGGGCCUAAUAUACUCUUUAGCUUUCACUCUUAAAAAGUAAACAGUAAAAAAAAUAAAGAAACGGCUAAUAUUUCUUCUAUAUAUAUCUUCAAAUUUGCUAACUAAUCGUAUCUUAAAUCUUCCAUCACUUAUAAUUUCAGCCACAAAAACACUCCCAAAAAAAAAUAAAAUAUGGAAGCAAAAAACACUAAUGUUAAAAAACAUCAUGCAAUAAUCUUCCCUCUACCACUACAAGGUCACAUAAAUCCAGCAGUCAAUUUGUCACUAAAACUUGCUUCAUCAAAAAACUUCACUAUCACUUUCUUAACCUUUGAAUUCCUUCACCAAGAUAUAACUCGAGCCCGUCCCUGCGUAGACUCCCAUAUUAAUAUAUUUUCUCGAGUACGACAAGGGCCCAAUGCGGUUGACAUCCGAUAUCGGGUGUUUUCCGAUGGGCUGCCCUUGGAAUUUGAUCGUACGGGUAAGUUGGAGGAGUUCGUAGGGUGGUACUUGGAUGGUGGCAUGUUUGACCAAGUGGAGAAGGAAAUUGAGGAGGUAGUGUUAAAGUCAAAGCCCAAAGUUGAUGUGUUAAUUAUUGACACAUUUUAUCCUUGGGCCUCUAAGAUUGCUAAGAAGUUUGGGCUUCGGUUGGCUUCGUUUUGGACUGAGCCUGCUUUGGUUUUCAAUCUUUAUUAUCAUGUUAAUCUACUUAAACAGCAUGGCCACUUUGAUUGCCCAGAUACUCGGAAGGAUCCAAUUGAUUACAUACCAGGAGUACAAUCCAUUGAACCACAUGACCUAAUGUCAUAUCUCCAAGAUAAAGACGUCUCAACAAACAUGCAUAAGCUAAUUUUUCAAGCAUACCAAGAUGUUAGACAAGCAGACUAUGUGCUUUGUAACACCGUGCAAGAGCUCGAGUUGGACACUAUCUCAGCCCUACAAGCACUCAUGCCAUUUUACGCGGUUGGCCCAAUUUUUCCACCCGUGUCACCGGACCAUGCCGUGCCAACAAGUCUGUGGACCGAGUCUAGUUGCUUAGAAUGGCUAGGGCCCAAGCCUAAUGGUUCAGUUUUGUACGUGUCAUUUGGUAGCAUUGCUAAUAUCUCAAAAGAUGAUGUUAUGGAAAUUGCUUAUGGUCUUAUUGAAAGCAAUGUUGAUUUUGUUUGGGUGCUUCGCCCACGUACAGUGCUUCACGAGGCUGAUCUAUUGCCCGUUGGGUUCGAGGAAGUCAUUAGUGGUCGUGGGAUCAUUGUUCCUUGGACCAACCAAAUCGUGGUUUUAUCUCAUCCGGCCAUUGGUGGGUUCCUAACACAUUGUGGGUGGAAUUCUGUGUUAGAAAGUAUAUGGUAUAAAAUUCCGACAUUGUGUUUUCCAAUAUUUACUGAUCAAUUUACUAAUCGGAAAUUAGUGGUUGAUGAUUGGAAGGUUGGGAUUAAUUUUGGCAACAAACAACCUUUAAAAAGGAUGGAGAUUGCAUCACAAAUUAAGAUAUUUAUGAGUAAAGAAAAAAGAGACGAGUUGAGGGAAAAUAUUGAUGUCAUAAGGAAAAUAUUAGGAAAUGCAUUAGAAGCUGAUGGAUCUUCAAGCAAAAAUAUAGAUUUAUUUAUUGAACAAUUGAUUUAAUUUAGUAGAUGAAGAAAUUGUUGGCCAUGUAGCUUGUUUGUAUUUCAAUGUAACUGAAUUCGGUUUAUUGUUGUUGUAUCUUAAGGUUGUGUUUAGUUGUACUUCCUUUGUUUUGUAUUAAUUAAUGUUCCUAAUAUUUUUUCUUCGA